AUGGCUUCCAUCUCAUCCUCCUUCUGCUCUCCCCUCUGCCUCAUGGGCAUUAGAAACGGAGGCAUCCCCGACCCAUCCUGCCCCAACGCCUCACUCCACGUUCUUGGCCAGCUCGCCGACACUGAAGUCCUAUCCUGCCAUGUCGUCCAGACCAUCCACCUCCACGCUGCCACUCACAUGGAGAUGAUCCACCGCAGCGACACCAAAUCAACCGCAGUAUACCGCAUGACCCUGCCUCUAACUGGCCUCACUUUCAUCCUCAAAGCUGCCUGGGACCAAGGGAUCCCUGAGCAGGAACAAGAAUACCGCCUUUAUCAGAAUAUGCAAGACGUGCAGGGCUCUUCCAUCCCCGUCUGCCUUGGCGCGUUUGUGAUUCCGUUUGACAGUCUUGUAGCGCCUGUCGACACCCAUUUCAUGAUCCUCUCGUCUGCCGGUGUUUCUGUUACUGCGGGAAUCAUCGACGAGACAAACAAGGACCGCGCACAUCCGAUUUACUGGCGCACCGCCAACGAGGUUCUGAGGAGUUCGGGUGUUGUGCAUAAUGAUACCGAUUGGAGGAAUUUGUUUUACAAUGAGGCUACCAACGACUUUAUGUUGGUCGAUUUUUCGCGGGCUUUUUUGGCCAACUGA